GAUUCUGAGUAACAAUAAAAUAACAGAGUUGAAGAAUGGUUCCUUCUUUGGAUUACACCUUCUUGAAAGAUUGGAUCUUAAGAAUAACCUUAUUAAUACUAUAGAUCCAGGAGCUUUUCUGGGGCUUUCAUCUCUGAAAAGACUAGACUUAACUAAUAACCGAAUAGGCUGCCUGAAUGCAGAUAUAUUUAGAGGACUUGUAAACCUUAUUAGAUUGAAUCUUUCUGGAAAUCUGUUUUCUACACUUACACAGGGAACAUUUGAUCAUCUUGGUUCACUAAAGUCUCUAGAAUUUCAGACUGAUUAUCUCCUUUGUGAUUGCAACAUACUGUGGAUGCAUCAAUGGUUAAAAGAAAGAAAUAUAACUGUACGUGAAACUAAAUGUGCCUAUCCCAAGUCACUUCAGUCACAGAUGGUUACUGGUGUUAAACAGGAGCUUCUGACCUGUGAGCCGCCGCUUGAGUUGCCAUCUUUCUACAUGACUCCAUCUCAUCGUCAGGUUGUCUUUGAAGGAGAUAGUCUACCCUUCCAGUGUAUGGCUUCAUACAUUGACCAAGACAUGCAAGUCUUGUGGUACCAGGAUGGGAAGAUAGUGGAAACUGAUGAGUCCCAGGGUAUUUUUGUUGAAAAAAACAUGAUUCAUAACUGCUCGCUGAUUGCAAGUGCACUGACAAUCUCAAACAUUCAGGCUGGCUCCACAGGAAACUGGGGUUGCCAUGUACAAACCAGGCGUGGGAAUAACACAAGGACAGUAGACAUUGUGGUGCUAGAAAGUUCUGCACAGUAUUGCCCUCCAGAGAGGGUUGUGAACAAUAAAGGGGAUUUCAGGUGGCCCAGAACAUUGGCAGGCAUCACAGCAUACCUGCUGUGUACACGUUACUCUGCUGGCAGUGGGAUAUAUCCUGGCAACUCACAAGAUGAGAGAAGAGCCUGGCGCAGAUGCGACAGGGGAGGGUACUGGGCAGAUGAGGACUACUCCAGGUGCCAAUAUGCAAAUGAUGUGACUCGAGUUCUUUAUAUGUUCAAUCAGAUGCCGCUCAACCUUACUAAUGCAGUGGCAACAGCAAGACAGCUCUUGGCUUACACCGUUGAAGCAGCAAAUUUUUCUGAUAAGAUGGAUGUUAUUUUUGUGGCUGAAAUGAUAGAGAAAUUUGGAAGAUUUGCUGAAAAAUAUAAAGAGCUCGGUGAUGUGAUGGUGGACAUAGCGAGUAACAUUAUGUUAGCUGAUGAACGUGUUCUGUGGAUGGCACAAAGGGAGGCCAAGGCCUGCACCAGAAUUGUACAGUGUCUACAGAAAAUUGCUAUGUAUCGCCUUGCAAAUGGAGCUCAAGUUUAUUCUACUUACUCUCCAAAUAUUGCUCUGGAGGCCUAUGUGAUAAAGGCUGCUGGCUUCACUGGGAUGACAUGCACAGUGUUUCAGAAAGUGGCUGCGUCAGACCGUACAGGACUCAGCGAUUAUGGGAGAAGAGAUCCAGAUGGAAAUCUAGAUAAACAAUUGAGCUUUAAGUGCAAUGUUUCAAAUACCCUGUCAAGUCUGGCUUUAAAGAACACAAUUGUAGAGGCUUCUAUCCAGUUGCCAGCUUCCCUCUUCACCCAGAAACAGAAAAGAGAAAUCAGACCAGCAGAUGAAUCUGUCUACAAGCUUCAGCUUAUUGCAUUUCGCAAUGGAAAGCUUUUCCCAGCAACAGGAAAUUCAACCCAUCUGGCUGACGAUGGGAAACGUCGUACAGUCGUGACACCAGUUAUUCUUACCAAGAUAGAUGGUUUAAACCUAGCCAGUCACCAUGUUCCUAUAAACGUGACACUGCGGCGCAUUGCGCACGGAGCAGAUGCUGUUGCAGCUCAGUGGGACUUCGAUCUGCUCAACGGACAAGGGGGAUGGAAAUCUGAUGGUUGUCGCAUCCUUCUGUCUGAUGAAAAUAUCACUACCAUUCAGUGCUACUCCCUCAGCAACUAUGCUGUUUUAAUG